GGCCGCCGCUUCCCUCCGCCCCGUCUGCCCUGCCCACCCGUCAGGCAUUACCAUUUAAAGAAAUCUUCUUGCCAGCAAAUCUAUGCUAAAAAAGAUAAGUAACAGAGGAAAUCAUAACUGUUAUUUGUCAAGUGACAAGCUUUUAAUGUCAGAAUGGCUCACCUAAAGCGCCUAGUCAAAUUACACAUUAAAAGACAUUAUUAUAAAAAGUUUUGGAAACUUGGUUCAGUAAUUUUUGUCUUUGUAAUAGUUUUGAUUUUAAUUCAAAGAGAAGUAAGUGUUCAGUAUUCCAAAGAGGAAUCAAGAAUUGAAAACAGCAUGAAAAAAAAUAAAAACAAAAUGUUUAAUUUAAUGCUGGAAGCUGUAAACAAUAUUAAAGAUGCAAUGCCAAAAAUGCAAAUAGGAGCACCUGUCAGGCAAAACAUUGACAUUGGUGAGAGACCCUGUUUGCAAGGAUAUUACACAGCUGCAGAAUUGAAACCUGUUCUGGACCGCCCACUUCAGGAUUCGAAUGCACCUGGUGCUUCUGGCAAAGCCUUCAAAACAACCAAUUUAAGCAUUGAAGAACAGAAGGAAAAAGAACGCGGAGAAAAAAAACACUGUUUCAAUGCUUUUGCAAGCGACAGAAUUUCCUUACAUCGCGAUCUUGGGCCAGACACUCGACCUCCUGAAUGUAUUGAACAAAAAUUCAAGCGCUGCCCUCACCUGCCUACUACCAGUGUCAUAAUAGUUUUUCAUAACGAAGCAUGGUCCACUCUGCUUAGAACUGUCCAUAGUGUGCUCUAUUCUUCACCUGCAAUACUGCUGAAGGAAAUCAUUUUGGUGGAUGAUGCUAGUGUAGAUGAGUACUUGCACGAUAAACUAGAGGAAUAUAUGAAACAAUUUUCUAUAGUAAAAAUAGUUAGACAAAGAGAGAGAAAAGGUCUGAUCACUGCUCGGUUGCUAGGAGCAACGGUAGCAACAGCUGAAACGCUCACAUUUCUGGAUGCUCACUGUGAGUGUUUCUAUGGUUGGUUAGAACCUUUGCUAGCCAGAAUAGCUGAGAACUACACUGCCGUUGUGAGUCCUGAUAUCGCAUCCAUAGAUAUGAACACAUUUGAGUUCAACAAACCUUCUCCUUACGGAAAUAACCAUAACCGUGGAAAUUUUGAUUGGAGCCUGUCAUUCGGCUGGGAGUCGCUUCCUGAUCAUGAGAAGCAACGAAGAAAAGAUGAAACCUACCCUAUUAAAACACCUACUUUUGCAGGAGGCCUUUUUUCUAUAUCCAAAGAAUAUUUUGAAUAUAUUGGAAGUUAUGAUGAAGAAAUGGAAAUCUGGGGAGGUGAAAAUAUAGAAAUGUCUUUCAGAGUAUGGCAAUGUGGUGGGCAGUUGGAGAUUAUGCCUUGCUCUGUUGUUGGACAUGUCUUUCGCAGCAAAAGCCCUCAUUCCUUUCCAAAAGGCACUCAGGUGAUUGCUCGCAACCAAGUCCGCCUUGCAGAAGUCUGGAUGGAUGAGUACAAGGAAAUAUUUUAUAGGAGAAACGCAGAUGCAGCAAAAAUUGUUAAACAGAAAUCAUUUGGUGAUCUUUCAAAAAGAUUUGAAAUAAAAAACCGCCUUCAAUGUAAAAAUUUUACAUGGUAUCUGAACACUAUUUAUCCAGAAGUAUAUGUGCCAGAACUUAAUCCUGUUAUAUCUGGAUAUGUAAAAACCGUUGGCCAGCCUCUGUGCCUGGAUGUUGGAGAAAAUAAUCAAGGGAACAAGCCAUUGAUUUUGUACACGUGUCAUGAACUUGGAGGAAACCAGUACUUUGAAUACUCUGCCCAAAAUGAAAUCCGGCACAACAUUCAGAAGGAAUUAUGCCUUCAUGCCACUCAAAGCCUCCUUCAGCUAAAGGCCUGCACCUACAAAGGGCACAACACAGUUGUCACAGGAGAACAGAUCUGGGAGAUCCGAAAGGAUCAACUUCUGUAUAAUCCACACUUUGAAAUGUGCCUUUCAGCAAAUGGAGAACACCCAAAUUUAGUGCAAUGCAAUCCAUCAGAUCUACUCCAAAAAUGGAUCUUUAACCAAAACAAUUAAGUGUUCCUUAAGAUUAAGGAGUUGGAAUAGAAAUGUUCUUUCUCAUAAGACUGUGACAAGGCAUACACUGUAGUUUUUGAAAAUUAUGCAAAAGCAGCUAAUUAUAACUUAUUCCAAGUGCAUUUUUCUUAUUUAUAUCUGAAAUGUCUUUGUAGCUCUGCUACAGAAGUUCUGUAAAUUUCUGUUUGAAAGCACAAUAACUAGUAAUACCAAAGACCAUCUAAAUGUCCAGCUAUAGAAGAGAUGUUUACAGUAUGAAGAGUCAUUUUUUAAGUAAAGUGAUGUGUGUGUGUUUUGUCCAUUUGAGGUUAUACAUAGCUAUAUUCACAUGCUUACACUUUUAAAUAUUUUCUCUAGUUUUUUUGUGGGGAGAGGGAGAAAUAUUUGAUAUUGUAUUUUUUUAACUACAUUGAAGUGGAUAAAUGAAGGCAAAACAUUGGCCUUUGUAUACUAACCAGGAAAUUUUUUAUAGAUCUAGAAUUUCUUAUUUUUAAAUGCAAGUAAAUGCUUUUGUCUUUUAUUUACUUGUCAGUCAAAUGUUUCCUUAAACAAGAAAUUGGAUAGGAGCAAAUAUAUUUUAACACAUUUUGGCAAAUUUUAAAAUGCUUUUUAGUCUAAAGUCCACACUACUUAAUAUUCUUAAGUCUUCCUCAAAGAAUUUUCUGAAGUGACUAUACUGGAUGUCUUUUCAGCACAACUAAAAACAAAACAAAAAAAGGCUUAAUAAAUUACCAUCUGUCGAAAGGGAUCCUUUUCCUUUUUACUAGUCUUCUUUGUUUCCUGAACUGAAAUUCACUAAUGUUGAAUGUUUGUGAUUUUAGAUUUCAAUUGCACAAUACUUGACUCAAAGCUAAAAUUUAUCUGUUAUUGA